AAACGAAAGUAUUAGACAUCUCAGAAAGCUAUUAUUCAGAACCAAAACGCUGAAGCUCUCGUCGUUUUAUUCCUAGCAUUCUCUUGUGCCUGUUCUCGUUCUUUAAACAUGUCUGGGGAAGAGGAAGAAAACGCCGCAGAGCUUAAAAUUGGAGACGAGUUUUUGAAGGCAAAGUGCUUAAUGAACUGUGAAGUUGCAUUGAUUCUUGAGCACAAGUAUGAGCAGCUUCAACAGACAUCUGAUGAUCCCACGAGUCAAAUUUCUCAGGUAUUUGAAAAAUCAUUGCAGUAUGUGAAGCGUUUCAGCCGUUAUAAAAAUCCUGAUGCUGUUAGACAAGUUCGAGAAAUUCUGGCAAGAUAUCAAUUAACUGAGUUUGAGUUGUGUGUCCUUGGCAAUCUUUGCCCGGAAACUGUGGAGGAAGCCAUUGCUAUGGUUCCAUCUAUCAAGACAAGAGGACGGGCUCAGGAUGAUGAAGCAAUCGAGAAAAUGUUAAAUGACUUAUCAUUGAUCAAGAAAUUUGAAUAAAUAUUUUUCACUGUCAUCGGGUGUGAUAUCACUUGACAGAUAGCAAACAUUCUUGUGAUUUGUAUUACAGAAUUCGUUUUCUUAUUUCUAGUUUAUUUAAUGAUUUUUAUCUUGAAGAAUUUGACACAUGCAUAUGAAAUUGUCUUUGAUCAGUUAGGAUAAAUUAUUACUCUUUAUAAAA